GGGAGGGGCGCCCCCCCCCACCCCCCCCCGCCAUGGCCGGGCCCGGGGGUUGCGGGGGGGCGGCGCGGCGGUAGGAGCCACCGGGCCCCGAGCGGGUCGGAACCGGCCGCCGGCGGCCUCGAAGCGGAGCUGAGCCGCCGCCAUGGGCCCCCGCGGGCCCGCGCUGCUCCUCGGCCUCCUCCUGGCGGCGACGGGGUGCGGCGGGGGGUGCGUGGAGGUGGACUCGCACACCGAGGCGGUGCUGGGUGCCCCCUUCAAGCUGCUCUGCAUCUCCUGCAAGCGCCGCAGCGAGACCACCGCCGAGGCCCUCACCGAGUGGUUCUUCCGCGAGGAGGGCGCCCAGGCCUUCGACAAGAUCCUGCGGUACGAGCCGGAGGGGCCGGCGGUGGUGGCGGACGGGCGCUUCGCGGGGGUGCUGGUGUGGAACGGCUCGCGGGGCACCCGGGACCUGCAGGACCUCUCGGUGCUGCUCACCAACGUGUCGGCGCGGCACGCGGGCGACUACGUCUGCCGCCUGGAGCGCAACCUCACCUUCGAGGGCUACGUCUACAGCCUGGCCCUCAACAAGACCAUCCACCUGGCCGUCGUCGGCAAGGCCACGCGGGACAUGGCGUCCAUCGUCUCGGAGAUCAUGAUGUACGUGCUCAUCGUGGUGCUGACGGUGUGGCUGGCCGCCGAGAUGCUCUACUGCUACCGCAAAGUGGCCGCCGCCGCCGAGGCCCCCGCCCCCGAGAACGCCUCCGAGUACCUGGCCAUCACCUCGGAGAGCAAGGAGAACUGCACGGGGGUGCAGGUGGCCGAGUGACGCCCGCGUCACCCCCGCGUCACCCCCGGACACGCCUGUGUCACCCCCCGACCCCCCCGCGGUGCCCCCCGCCGCCUGCAUGAAGGUGGGGUGGGGUGGGGGGGAGGAGAAGACCCCCACCGCCGCCGCCGCACGCGCUUGCUGCUUGCACGCCGCCAUGCAUGGGACACGCGGGGACACGUGGGGACACGCCGUGACACGCCAGGACACGCCGUGACACGCCAAGACGUGCCGCACGCGGGGGAGGCAACACGCGUCAACCGACAUGCGUCACCGCGACGCGAUGACACGUAAGACACCCCCCACGGCGCGGUGACACACGUGUGUGCGCCGGUGUCACCCCCCCCCCGGGGGACAGUGACACGCCUCGUCACGCCUCGUCACGCCUGCCCCGCCCGCUCCGUUUGCACUUUGGGGGCCCGGGGGGGGGCCCGGCCCGGCUCCCCCCCUGCAAUAACCGCCCCGCUGGGGGGGGGGGGUAAGGGGGGCAGCUUAGCUCCACCCCCCCGAAACACCCCACCCCCAAGAUCUCGUCCAAUAAAAAUGCCCGUUUGAGCUGUG